AUGGUUCAUCCCCACCAGACACCCUACGUUACACCCCACAUCUUGCACAAAAAUUACGCUCAGGCUUUUGAUAAUGAAUUCCAUAGUAACCUCAUCGGCCGUGACCUCGAGUAUUUCUCGCAUGCAGGGUUUGACAUGGAUAGGAUCCAGCUGAAGCGUAAUGCUCCUAUAGCCCAGCUUUAUGAAGAUGCCAUCCGCAAUGAGGGCGCAAUUAUUUCCUCAUCCGGCGCACUCAUCAACUUCUCUGGUAAGAAGACCGGUAGAAGUCCUAAAGACAAGCGAAUCGUCUAUGAGGAGACAAGCAAGGAUGAUAUAUGGUGGGGCUCCGUGAAUAUCAAGAUGGACGAACACACGUUUGAGAUCAACCGCGAACGUGCCAUCGACUAUCUGAAUACGCGUGACAAUGUCUACGUCUUCGAUGGUUUUGCUGGUUGGGAUCCCAAAUACCGUAUCAAAGUCCGGGUCAUUUGUGCCCGUGCAUAUCAUGCUCUCUUCAUGAACAACAUGUUGAUCCGCCCGACCGAGGAAGAGCUCGCAAGUUUUGGCGAGCCCGACUUCAUUAUCUACAAUGCCGGUCAGUUCCCCGCGAACCGCUUCACAAAGGGCAUGUCUUCCACCACGUCGGUGGAAAUUAACUUCAAGCGCAUGGAAAUGGUCAUCCUCGGCACUGAGUACGCCGGCGAGAUGAAGAAAGGUGUCUUUUCCGUCAUGCACUAUCUUCAACCCGUGAAGUUUGGCCAGCUCUCCCUCCACUCGUCUGCCAAUGUCGGAAUGGAGAAGGGCGACGUUACCCUGUUCUUCGGUCUUUCCGGAACUGGAAAGACCACUCUCUCCGCUGAUCCAAACCGCCUACUCAUUGGUGAUGAUGAACACGUAUGGUCGGACACUGGGGUGUUCAAUAUCGAAGGAGGAUGCUAUGCCAAGUGCAUCAACCUGUCGAGCGAGAAGGAGCCAGAGAUAUUCAACGCCAUUCGUUUUGGCUCCAUUCUGGAGAACGUUGUAUACAAUCCUUUAUCGCGCAUACCGGAUUAUGACGAUGUUGGCAUCACGGAGAACACACGCUGCGCAUAUCCAAUUGAAUACAUUCCAAACGCCAAAAUCCCAUGCAUGGUGGACAAACAACCGAGCAACAUUAUCAUGUUGACGUGUGACGCAUUCGGUGUCCUUCCCCCUGUCAGUAAACUUUCCCCAGAGCAAGCGAGCUACCAUUUCCUUGCUGGUUACACUUCGAAAACUCCUGGGACAGAGGAUGGUGUCCUUGAACCUAUCCCGACAUUCUCGACCUGCUACAGUGCACCAUUCAUUGUGUUACACCCUGGACGCUAUGCAGAAAUGCUGGCCGAGCGCAUGUCCAAACAUAACGUGUCCUGCUGGUUAAUCAACACGGGCUGGACAGGUGGUAAGUUCGGCACCGGCAAGCGCUGCCCACUCAAAUACACGCGCCGCAUCGUCGAUGCCGUACACUCUGGCGAGCUUCUCGAUAGCGAGUAUGAGACCUUUGGCGGCUUCGGGCUCCAGAUUCCUACUGCGGUAGAGGGUGUUCCUCGCGAAGUUCUCAACCCGCGUAUGGCCUGGGCAGACAAGGAGGCUUUUGAACGUGAGGUUCGCAAGCUUGCGGGCAUGUUCCAAAAGGCGUUUAAGUUGUACGAAAGCGAUGUGCAAGAAAGCGUGAGGUUGGCGGGCCCACGGGUGGACUAG